AUGACCUUGCCUCUUUAUGUGCCCUUCGGGUACAUAACUUUCCUGGUGGGCUUGCUAUGGCUAUUUUCCCGCCAUUAUCGAAGUCGAGCCCUGCGUCGAAAACCUCCACCGCCUUGGUUCCCUGAUCCCCACACGGCAAGGGAUGUAUAUGUCAGCUUGUUGAGUAUGGACCCUCCACCGUCGCAGCCGGUCUUAGUUGCUGCGUUACUGGCCCGAGCCAUGACGGAUGUGAAGAGGAUCAUGUCGCUGAAAGAAGCGAAACAGGCGAUGACGAACUUGCUUCAGAAGGGACUCGUCGGGGAUGAGCUGUGGGAACGACUGUUGAUGGCCGAGAAAGAACUCGACGUUGAGCUUUCCGAGGUCGUCGCUGAGGCCGAUGAAUACCAUCAAGGCUGGGGAGGCGUGAUCUUCUCGAUCGCUUCUGAGGCCCUCCAGGCUACCAUGUGCCAGGAAAUUUACAAGAAUAUCCCCAAGCAGCGGGCGGAAAAAGCUGCCGAAAUCGCAGCAGAGCGAGCGUUUACACCGAACCCAGGAGAAUUACGAAUCUUAGGAUCUAAGCCAGCAGUUCCGGCAGCGCAAGCGAAACCAGUCACCCCUCCAGCGCCACCCUCACAAGCCAAGCUAGCGAUGCUGGAAAGUAUUCGUGCGGCCCAAGCCAAGCUCAAAUCAUCGGAGGAGAAGAAACCUGUCACCCCGCCUGCAUCUUCUGGUCAAACUCCUGCCAAAGGCCCCUCCCCAGGGUCCUCCCGGGGUGAUAAUUCCGAUAGCGACAAUGACGGCAGCACUAGUCUCAUCAAAUCCGGCCCUCCCUCGGCUUCCAAAAAAAAGAAACCUAAAAAGAAAAAGAAAAACUGA